AUGUGGGUUGACCAACUAUGGUUGACAUGUGUUUUGUUGAUGAAAUUGACAGAUGCUCUAUUUGAAGAUCAAGUUGGAAGUUUGACUGGCGCCAGCAAUACAUCGGCUGCCCAGUGCAAGUUCACUUCGAUGAAUGGGGUAAGAACGAGCGAUUGCUCGUCUCUACACGAGAGAGCGUAUUCGCUUCACUUUCGUCUAACACUGGACACAUAUAUGGAGACGUAUCGCAAGAAGCACUCAAUUUGGGUUACGUCUUCCAUCUCGCCCGCCGACGAAACGACUUUGUACACUGUGUCCAAUGCCGGUCGUGUUGUUAGGGCAUGGAGUAAACGAAAUGGUGCUUUGCUGUGGCAGCGAAGCAUUGCUGAAAAGGCUGACCUCAGGACCUCGCCGAUCAUUGCACUCGCUUCUAAUACAGUAGUGAUCUCAAGUUCAGACGAAAUAUUCGCCUUCUCAGAAACUGGUGAAAUUCGAUGGUCAGCGAGAGUAGAGAAAAGUAGUUGGUCGAGAAUAUCUGUGGACAAUGACAUUGUUCAUCAUUUGUCGAUUAUGAAUGGAGUUUUUCACGUUCGCGAUUUUUCUCUGAGCACCGGGGAGUCUUUAGGAGUCAAAGCAAAGAGCAUCAAAGUUGUGGCAGAAGAAAAGUGUAUAACAAUGCGAAAUUUCUUUUUGUGUGCUGACGACGAGUCCUUAUACGUUGUAAAUGGUAUCAGUUCAACACUAAACGACGAGAGCAAGCCUAUUGGUUUCAAAAUCAAAGAAUUGACAGUAUUGGAUAAUGACCAUCUCUUAGUGAAAGGUUUGGUGUCCGCAUCGGUGCUUCGCUUGAGCCCAGACGGACUCCAAGAGGUAUUAUCUUUAAAGCACGGAGUAGACUCGGCUGCAAUGUAUUCUGAUACGCUGGUCACUAUCUCAGGAAAAAAUGUAGAAGUCCAUGAUAUGAAAACGUUGAAACGGAUAUUUGAGGCUGCUCUUCCUCUUGGAGAAGAGAAUUUCGCUCCUGUGGAGUCGGUGUACAUGUCCAUCAAGGAAGCUAUUGAGCUGCUCAUUGUAAGACGAGAUUGCAGAAUGGAAUUCGUUAUCAUUGAUAUUCCCAAAUCAUCAGUCGUCUGUGAAUGGGUGCGAGAGGAGGCUCUGGCGCGAAUUAGCUCUGUGGAGAUGGUCGAUUUACCUUUGUCGGAAUUGCAGCAGAUGAUUGAAGAUGAGUUUGAGGAAGGAGGCACAAGUGGGAUAAUGUCUUCUUUUGUUCGACGCCUUAUCUCUCAAACAUCACAAAUCCACAAAUGGCUUUUGAAAACAAUAAAUGAGGUGUUCACAUUCUCGUAUAUGCUUUCGACACGGACGAACUCGUUCUCGAAGCUGCUUCAACACGUUCGUUCCGCUGCCAAAAGUGGAAAUCACAGUGGUGAGGCGUUAGAACGGGACUUCUUCAACCUUCGCAAGAUCAUAGUUGCUACCACGUUAAAUGGAGUGGCCUUUGGUCUCGACAGCAGUGAUGGCUCCAUAGUUUGGCGUUUAUGGUUGGGCAACCAUUUUGCUCCCUUAUCCAGCUUCACGGGGAAGAGUGAGGUACCCUUAUUUGUGCAACGGUCAACAGCUCAUUACCAACUACCUGGACAAGCUUCUGUUGCAUUCAAGGAUUCGGUGUCUUCCGCCGGUAUGUUGAUAUUUUUCAACCCGAUCACUGGAAAAGUAGUCAAAGAAACAAAGCUACCGAUGCCAAUAAAGCGUGUUGAUGUAUUGAAUUUUGUUGGCCAAGAACAUAUAUAUCCACUCGUUGUUAUUGGAACCAAUGACGAGCAGCAGAGAAAAAUCAUCGCCAUAAAAGGAAAACCCAGACAUCAGAAAAUGCAUUCGCAAGGAAGAGUGCUAAUAGACCGCAACGUCGCGUACAAAUAUGCUAAUCCAAAUCUGGUUGCGAUAGCCACCUUGGAUUCAGUCCACCAGUAUUUGUCGAUAUUCCUAGUGGACGUAGUUUCUGGGCAAAUGAUUCAUUCUGCUCGUCUUGCCAAGGCAACAGCACCUGUACAUGUGGUUCACUGCGAACAUUGGAUUGCGGAUCGUUUUGACUCUCUUAUACCUACCAAAAAAGCACCGGAAGUUGUUACUCAGAGCUUUAUCUAUGCACAAGGAAUACAAGCAAUGGCUGUGAGCGAAACUGAAAAAGGACUCACUACGCGAUCCCUACUGAUGGCUCUUCCACUGGGAGGAAUUCAUGAAGUGACAAGGAAGUUGCUGGAUGCUACUCGUCCAUUAGAGUUAACACAAGAAAUGCGUGAGGAAAUGAUGAUACCGUAUAUCCCUGAAAUUCCUAUAGCGACGGAAGAUAUGGUCAAUUACAACCAGACUGUCUACCGUGUGCAAGGAAUCAAAACCUCGUAA